AUGGCAGACGAUCCAGCGCGUCCGGGCUGCUCGCCGUCUGUUGAUGGCUCCUUUGGCCCAAUUGUUGAUGAAUGCGUCCGAACAUUCGACUUCACGAUUCUGUUUGAAGAAUCUAUCUUAUCCAUACUGCCCUCUUCGAUAUUCUUGAUUUUCGCUUUUCUUCGCAUCGGAGUGCUGAGUGGUCGACAACGCCGCGUCGGGGGCCAUGUAUUCAGCGCUGUCAAACUUGUUGUUUUUGGAAUUCUGCUUGUUCUAUCUGCUGCUUUAUUGGCAUUAUGGUCAUCAGGCGGGCGUUCAAUGUACCGUACUCGGGCAUCAGUCCCAGCAGCUGUCCUGAGCAUGGUGGAAUGCCUCGUCUUCAUGACACUUUCUUUCCUAGAGCAUAGAAAAUCUGCUGGUUCUUCUCUGCUUCUUGACGCAUAUUUGUUAAUCUCCAUAUUAUUCGAUGCUGUGCGCGUCCGGACUCUGUGGCUGAAGAAUACACAGUCAUCAAUUGCCGGUCUCUUCACCACUUGUAUGGUAAUCAAGAUAGUGGCUUUAGUUCUGGAAGAAUCUAACAAGCGAAGAUGGCUCCUUCCUAGCUCAAUGCCUUGGAGCAAGGAGGUCACGGGCGGGAUCUUCAGUCGCACAUUAUUCACUUGGCUUGACCGGCUCAUGUGUGCUGGGUAUUCGAGCGCCUUGUCGGUUGGAAAACUGCCGGACAUUGAUGCCAAAUUGCUAUCACAGUCUCUCUGGGAUCGCAUCGGUCCUCAAGUCCAUAAAGGUAAGCCGCAGUACAAUUGGGAAAGACGAUCAUUAUCUGACCAAAAUGCAGCUAAAAAGGAAAAGAAGUCAUUGCUCCUGACUGUAUUCUGGUCCCUCAGGGGGCCAUUGAUGGCACCAGUAUUUCCUUACUGUGUACUUGUUGCAUCGCAACUUGCACAGCCGUUCUUGAUUAGCACCAUUCUGGAUUAUGUGGGAUCGCCAAAUGACGGCAGUCAAGAUCAGAAGAAUGUUGGAUAUGGACUCAUUGGGGCGUAUGGCCUAGUAUAUCUAUGCAUUGCUGUUUCUACGGCAUGGGGUCAGCAUCUGUCGUACCGAUUCGUCGUCAUGCUACGCGGUGUCCUGGUCACAUCCAUCUACAGGAAGACCAUGUCGGCUACACUGGCUGUAGCUAGUGAUGCCUCGGCAAUUACUUUGAUGAGUACUGAUGUGGAAAGAAUUGUACUUGGUAUGGUCAAAAUCCAUGACGCUUGGUCGACAUUGAUCCAAGUUGCUUGCGCCAUGUAUAUUCUCUACCGUCAGGUCGGCGCAGUCUUUAUCGCACCCAUUGUCUUAUCCAUCGUCUGCACAUUCCUUUCGCUCGUCUUGUCUAGUUUUGCAGGAACAUUCCAAGUCAAAUGGAUGGCUGCUUUGGAAAAGAGAGUUGCGGUCACUUCUUCACUCCUCGGUUCGAUUAAAGGAGUCAAAAUGCUUGGCUGGUCAAGAAAAGCAGUGGAAAUCUUGCAGGAUCUGCGCCUUCGAGAGAUAGCGUCGGCACGAAGCUUUAGAUUGAUGCUUCUUGGAGUCGUCGCAGUCUCAUUCAUUCCCGUCACUUUGGCCCCAGUGGCCACAUUUGGCAUCUUCGCUCGAAAUGCGGACGCAACUGGCUUGGACUCAAGUCAUAUCUUCACUACCCUGUCUCUGUUGUCACUCAUCACACAACCUCUUGACCUCUUGUUCUCUUAUGUGCCCGAGAUCAUUGCAGGUGUAGCAUGUUUCUCUCGCAUUCAGAACUAUGUGUAUGAAGACGGCGUUCCUGACCGCCCCAGCAUCUCAGAGACCAAUUCUGAAAAGUCACUAGCACAAAAGUCAAACAAGGACUCUUCCCUGAGUUCAGACUCGGAUGACGGGAAUGAAAAGGCCCUUGGCAACAGUGCUGCCCUUCGAUUACAGAGUGCUUCUUUUGGGUGGGACGCAAAGGCUGAUCCACUGCUACAAAACUUGGAUCUCGAGAUCGCUUCGGGCAAACUAACCAUGAUCACUGGACCGAUUGCCUCUGGAAAGACGACUCUCCUGAAGGGUAUUCUAGGGGAGACACCAGUAUGUCGUGGUACAGUGGAGCUUUCGUCCCAUAGCAUUGCAUUCUGUGACCAGAAUCCCUGGCUGGCAAACGAGACGUUGCGAGCGAAUAUUCUAGGCACCAGUCACUUUGAGGCGGCCAGAUACAGCCAGGUCGUAGAUGCGUGUGCGCUCAAACAGGACAUCGAACGCUUCAGCCAGGGCGAUCAAGUGAACAUCGGCAGCAAUGGCCUGAGUCUAAGUGGAGGGCAAAAGCAGCGAGUCGCAAUUGCACGGGCCGUAUAUUCCAGGCGCAAAAUUGCGAUAUUUGACGACGUUUUUAGUGGUUUGGACAUGGAGACGCAAUCGCACGUCAUACGAGAGGUGUUUGGUCCUAAUGGUCUACUCAAGUCCCAGGGAACCACGGCCAUCUUGGUAACUCAUGCUGCACAUCUUCUCGUCCAUGCCGACGAAAUUGUUGCUCUCAAUUCCGAGAGCCGGAUCGUCAAGCAGGGGCAACCAGAACAGUUAGGUGGUGAGGAGACACUUGCCGCUGUACUUGAGGGCGUGGAUGCCAUCACCCAAGACCCAUCUUUGACCGCGAUCCACAAACACGAGCCAGCUUUUGAACCUUCACAGCCGGUGCCGUCCGCGUCAGAGAGCUCUGUCGACGAGGAAACCCAACGCCUGGGCGACGGCUCAGUGUACAAGUAUUACUUCUCCACCUUUGGUUGGCCCAAAACAAUAGUGUUUUUCGCCCUGCAGGUUACCCUAGUAUUUUGUCUUAAAUUUCCGGAGAUCAUCCUUUCCUGGUGGGGCGAGGACAAUGAUCGAGAGCCGAACGUACACAACAGCAAGUGGCUGGGCAUAUUCGCAGCCCUGGAGGUUGCUGCGCUCGUUGCUCUGGCGUUGGUGUGCUGGCACGUUUUAUUGAACCUGGCCGUCAUCUCAGGCUCAAAGCUACAUUACACACUUUUGACAUGUACCAUGAGGGCUCCCUUAUCCUUUUUUGGAGUCACAGACACGGGAUCUAUCACCAAUCGAUUCAGUCAAGAUAUGAACCUCAUCGACGCCGAGUUACCCUUCUCACUCAUUAAUUUCGUAUGCAAUGGCUUGACCUGCAUUGCGCAGGCUCUCAUGAUCAUACCCGCCUCAGUGUGGCUCCUCAUUGGUUAUCCAAUAUUAUUUGGUGGCCUCUGGUUACUGCAGAGAUUCUACUUGCGAACCUCCAGACAACUCCGGUUCUUGGACCUGGAGGCCAAGAGUCCCAUCUAUUCUCAAUUCUUGGAGACUCUGAACGGCUUGGCAACUGUCAGAGCCUUUGGGUGGCAAGAUGACCUGAUCACCAAAGCAGACGAGCGCCUUGACUUUUCGCAAAAGCCAUUUUACCUUCUUUACAGCAUUCAAAGAUGGCUCAAUCUAGUCUUGGAUCUCAUAGUCGCUUGUUUAGCAGUGGUCUUGAUCGCUGUCGCAGUGGCGCUGCGAAACUCCUCGAGCGUAGGCUUCGCAGGUGUUGCUCUCUUCAACAUUAUGAAUCUUAGUGCUGCACUCAAGUCGGCCAUCACGAGCUGGACAAUGCUCGAGACUUCGAUAGGAGCCGUGGCGCGUGUCAAGAGAUAUGAGGAGUCCACGCCGGAUGAGAACCUCGCAACAGAGGAUCUCCAGCCGCCCGAUGCGUGGCCCUCGACGGGAACCAUUGUCUUUGACAAUGUCACUGCGUCGUACAAGGACGACGACGAACAAACUGCCAUAUCAAAUCUGUCGUUGCAGAUUAAUGAUGGUGAAAAGAUAGGAAUUUGUGGUCGCAGUGGAAGCGGCAAGAGUUCAACGCUCCUAGCGCUUCUCCACCUGAUGAAUCCCCGUGGGACAAUUACGAUCGACGGCCUCGACACUUCCCGCAUCCCCCGCGAAACCCUCCGUGAGAGGUUGACGACCGUGCCUCAAGAUCCUGUUUCUUUUGCCGGAAAUGUUCGUCUAAACACAGAUCCGCAAGGCAAAUUUGCAGACGAAGCCAUCAUUCAAGCGCUCCAGGCUGUGAAACUUUGGAGCGUUGUAGAAGCCAAGGGCGGUCUCGACGCCGAAGUCAAUGAAGAGCUCUUUUCGAAAGGCCAACAACAAUUAUUUAGUCUGGCCCGGGCACUGCUUGGCCAUUCGCGGGUCGUGAUCAUGGAUGAAGCAUCAAGCAGUCUCGACGAGGAGUCUGAGGCUUUGAUGAUAUCGCUUGUGCGGGAAAGGUUCAAGGACGCGACCGUGCUGUGCGUUGCUCAUCGCUUGGACACAAUCAUGGACUUUGACAGAGUGCUGGUGCUUGACAAAGGCGGCAUCAUUGAGGAGGGGAACCCACGAGACCUGCUCACACGCCCCUCGGCCUUCAAGACGCUGUACGAAUCAUGA